AUGAGCAGUUCAAGCGUUUACGAGCCAGAUGAAGACGAAGAACCGUCUGAUUCCGAUAUCGAAUCCAGCUACUCAGGCGCAAAAUUCUCAGCCUCGUCCCCUCCAGUCGACGACUAUGAACGCCUCGAUUCGAUAGAUUCCGAAGACCAAGACGCUCCGGAGGUAAUACCCAGGGCGACAAGAGGCACUCGGGCUCAGACACUAGAUGCUCUACGAACAUCACUCGGAAUAGAAUGUGUGGAUGCAUACUCCUCUGAAUUUGCAGAAGCAGCGAACAAUACUGUGCCUUCCAUCGUCGGCAGCGAAAAUUACAAUCCCACUCAGAAUGGCGUGGCGAUCUGGACUUCACAAGAGAAGGAGAUUCUGUUCAGCAUGCUCGACAGAAAAGGGGAAAACGGCCUCGCAGAAAUUGCGCAAGCGAUUGGCUCAAAAUCGGAGUUGGAAGUACAGGAGCAUUUGAAGCUCCUACACAGAGGACUGGAACGGCAACACAUCCGAGAUUCCCACAGCAGGACCAUCGUUCUCGGCGAAGUUCCGGCAGCACUGGAGAUCAGUCAAGAAUGUUCCAAGGCACUCGAUAAUUAUGCCGAACUACUAUCUCUUGAGGAACAGCGGGCUGAAGAUGUUGUUGGAAGGAAGCUACAUCAGAACGUGUGGAUUGUCGAUCGAGAAAUCGCAGAAAUGGUAGAGGAACAGUUGGAGGAACGAGAUGAGACUCCUCUUCCUGGUUCAAGCGUCUAUGUCACUGCCCAGCUUUUCAACAUCAAUAAGUGGAUCAGACUAUCUGAAAGGUUCUUCAUGAACGCCGGUGGUCCAAGGCUAGAGGAUAAUUGGCUCAACGUCGCCUGUGCGGAUGAGACUCCUUCCAUAACGGCCGACGCUCUUGCGGAUUUCUACGCUCUGGCCAUAAGCGUGACUCGCCGUCUGGUACAUUCCACCCUGUUCUUCGCCAUGUCACGACUACGGAAUAUGAGGGAAACCGGAAACCGCAAAGCACGAAUAGUGAGAUCGCGUGAUGUGAAGACUGCACUGAAUGUGCUUAACAUGCCUCAGGAUCGCUUCGACUUUUGGGUUGGGUUAGCCCGGAGGUGCAGCCUGCAAGUUGCAGACCUCCGCCACAAGAAAGGAUGGCAGUCGGAGCUUAUGGCUUACGACGAAGUGGAAGAUAUUCUUUCUGGAAAGGUUCCGGUCGACGAAUCUCUUGAUGCAAGAAGCGCUUCUAGGCGGAGAUCUGAGAGUCGCGCUCCGCACGGCACAAUUGAAGAUGGUGAUGAUGACGAAUCUGACGUAUAUUCCGAUGCUUCAUCCAUAUUGUCAUCGCCUGAGACGACACCUCACGAUGAGCCGUCAGUUAAUCUCGAAGAGGAACACGCAGAAGAGAUCGACCAGCUGAACAAUGCCUCAGAAGAAAUGCGGCUUUGGAACUUGAUGGGGCAGCCAGCCCCAACUGGAAUUUCGUCGUUGGCCUCCAACACUGAGCAAGGCUCCAAGUUGCGCAAGCCGAUUGGCGAGCGCAAGACGAAAGAAGACUUAGUCAAUUGGCGCGACCGGACGUUGUAUCGAAGCGAUUGGGAGGAAUACGGACACGAGGUACAUGACCUCUACGAAGACUUGUCAGAGAAUAGACGGAAACGGAGACGUAUUGAAAGACGCAUUGUCAGGCGAGAAUCACCCGUCUCAGUAGCCAGCGACAGAGAUCAUGAAAUGGGUGGCAACGAUGAUUCGCAGGGUCUGAGUCACCACGGCGUUAAGAACGAGCUGAGGGCCGAUAGUGACCGAGACAGCGACGGCGCAAUACAAACCGAAGAGAUCAAUGAUGCAAUGGAAAUUGAAGGCUCUGUUUACGAGUCGGGUUCUGCAGACAGCGGAGACUCGAAGAUGGAUAUCGAGACAGAUCGCCUCGAUCAAGGUCCAAGUCAGGAUUUCAGCCAGGAGGGAGUUGAGUACGGUUCAAAAGAAGAACCAGCUCCUGAGUUGAGCGACGGGGAACAAAAUCAUCCCCUUUCAUCUCGGAAACCUGAAGUCGAGGCCGUUGCGUCCGACCAACAAGACUCAGUUUCGGCCAUCAAGCGGGAGGCUGUUGCUGUUGAUACAGGCGAACAGUCCGAUAUUGAAGCUGCGUACGACUCUGACUCCGAUGCCAUCUCUGGCGCAGAGAGCAGCUCAGAUCAAAAGCAACAUGGCCCCACACGAAACCAAGGGGGUGUGCGUGUGAUUGAAAUUGAAGGUCCGAGUAUCAAACAUGAGAACUUACACUUUGAUCAUGACGGUAACUCAAACCCUGAGCCCGCGCCUGUGUCUAAUCUCGAAUCCGACCGGGAUAGCGACCUCGAUCAGAAACAUUCCAUACACUCUCAACCCGAAACUAGAAACGAAAGAAUACAUGUUAGCCAGGACACAGAGCCCAUUGUCAAAGAGGAGAACAAAGUCAGCCAGAGCGAAGAUUCCGAGUCGGAGUAUGAGACCGACUCUCGAGUCGAAUCAGACGAGGAAGGGAAACCAAGCCCACAUCUUCGGGCUCCCUCGCAGCCAGCGAUCAAAUCUGAACCUCAACUGAGAGGCACUGAUUCGGAUUCAUACCUCGACUCCGAUGACUCCGAUAGUGACGAGGACUCGUCAACCCGUCCCCAGCGAGGAGUCAAGCUCGAAGCCAGCAGAGAAAGCAGCCAGCCUGACAUGGCGCACAAGCAGUCUGCAUCAGAGCCAGAUUUAGAUUCGGAGUCGGGCUCGAGUUUCGAUGUUGAUACGAUAGACAAAGAUGAACGAUAUAAGAACGAACGGCCCAAGACCGAGCUCAAGAAUAAAAGUGAAGACGAUCUGUCUUCCGGCUCGGAUGACGAUCUCCCGUACGGUCGACACCAGAAGCGAGGGGACUCAUACUCGUCAUCGGAAGAUGAGGAUGAGAAGAAUAAUCUGCCUCUUCAUUCGCAGCCCAUGAGCCCGGUUGUUUGA